AUGUACUCGAAACUCUCCUCCUCGACAUCCCCUGCCUUGCUUCUCCUCGUCCACCCCACGUCGCUGUGCAAUCCCCCGGCAUUUACGACCCCCAACCAAAGGUUCCUCAACGUCCAGCGGGGGAGGAGAACCUCGGCGCCAAUGUGUCAAAACCAGCUAAGCUCCAUCUUCCUCUCUCGCGUCCCCUCCAUUCCGAAUUCGUGUCCACUCCGGCCGGGAGCUCCCCCUUUGGCCUCCUUGGGACUCUAUCGCGCCUGA